AUGAAGGUCAUACCAAGAGGCUUCAUUUCUCGGAUCAGUCAGUCUCUAUCAACCCGGUCUAUAACCCCUUCAUCCUCCCAAUCUCUUUUUCAUUGUAGCUUCUUUCUCCUCAAACGAUUCAGCUCCGAUGCUGGGUUGCUCGACGUUAGGGAAUCCGAUAUAACCGGGGCUCCGAGUCGGAUCAUCUAGGCGAAACCCGGUGAAAUGUCCCGGAGCUCUAAAAGGACAGGGAUAAUCGCCGUCCAAGUGGGGAUGACUGCACUCUGGGACAAAUGGGGAGCUAGGGUUCCUAUUUCUAUCCUCUGGGUCGAUUACAACAUCGUCUCUCAGGUCAAAACUGUUGAGAAAGAAGGAAUCUUUGCGUUACAGAUCUGAUGUGGGCACAAGAAGGCUAAACAUUUGACAAUGCCUGUGUUGGGUCAUUUCAGAGCUCAAGGUGUGGCGUUGAAAAGGAAGUUGAGAGAGUUUCCUGUGACGGAAGACGCUAUGCUUCCCGUUGGGACUUCACUCGGUGUCCAACAUUUUGUUCCGGGACAGUAUGCCGAUGUCACGGGGAUCACUCGUCGGAAAGGUUUUCAGCGAGUCAUGAAGAGAUUUGAUGCGGCUGGAGGGGAUGCAUCACAUGGUUGUUCAAAGGCGCAACGAACAAUUGGUUCCACAGGUCAAAGAGAUGCUCCGGGAAAGGUGUUCAAGGGACAAAAGAUGCCUGGGAGAAUGGGUGCAGAGGAGAAGUAAGUAUCUCAAUCUGCGAGUGGGUGUCUAUGUGAGUGUCACUGGGUCUUUCUUAGUAGGUCAAGAUUGUGAAUUGGUGUUUGUUUGCAGGUUCCUGGUGCAGAAGGAAACUUUGUAUUCAUAAAAGACGCGUAUUACAAGAAACCAGACAUCUCGAAGCUUCCCUUUCCAACGUACUUAGUACCAGAAGACGAGGACCAGCCAGAAUUAGAACCAUUGGUCGCAGAUCUCGGAGAAGUUGACCCUUUUAUGUUGGCAGAAUGA